GCAUAACCUUAGAGGUGGGAGCUGGCGCAUGUGCAAAAACCCUAACUAAACCCCCUUCCCCGCCCUCUCUUCGUUGACACUCACCAUAUAAAUACAUCAGCUUACUUCCUCUCUUUUUUCUCUACCCUAAUUGUCGACUGAAAAUAUCUCGACACUAGGGUUUGGAGAGAGCUCAACCUAGUUCUUCUUCUCAGAUUCUGUUACAGCUUCUCCUUCUAUCUUUCCCAAUCAUCUGAGUUAUGGGCAAGUCUAGUAAAAAGGUUGACGCUGCUCCCGCUAUAGCUGUCGCCGCCAAGCCGGCUAAGAAAGGAGGCAAGAGGCAGGCUGAAGAAGUUUUGGAGAAGGUUGUUGCUUCGAAGAAGCAGAAGAAGGAAGAAGUUGUGCCACAGGUAGUUCAGAAGGAGAAAUCUAAAGUGAAGACCCAGAAGAAGAAGAAAGAGGAAACAAGUAGUUCUGAAGAUGACUCUUCCUCUGAGGAAGAACAGAAGGUUACUGUAACAAAAAAGGUUACCCCAGCUAAGCCCCCUGUGGAUGAAUCAAGCAGUGACGAAUCCUCUUCAUCUGAUGAUGAGCCUACUCCAGCAAAGAAGCAAGCACCCCUUAAAAAUGGGAAUGCUGCUGCUGCUGUGAAUAAAGGUAAAGUGGAGAGUGAGAGUUCUGAUUCUGAUUCAUCAGAAGAUGAGAAGCCUGCUACCAAGAAAGGACAAGCAGCUGCGAAAAAGGGUGGCGCUGCUGUGCCUGCCACAAAACCAAAAGUAGCUGAGAGCAGCAGCGAUGACUCUUCUGAGGAGGAUUCUGAUUCAGAUGAGGCUGCUCCUGCUAAAGUAGCUGCUGUCAAGACUGCUCCUGCACAAGCUGCAAAGAAAAAAGAUGCUUCAAGUGAGAGCUCUGAAGAUAGUGAUUCUGAUGAGUCAUCUGAUGAAGACGAGAAGGCUGCAGCUGCCCCAAAGAAGGGUACUGCCCCUGCUGUCCAAAAGAAAGCUGAAUCAAGUGAUAGCUCCGAGUCUGAUAGUGAUUCUGAUGAAGACAAGCCUGCUGUAGCCAAGCCAGUUGUUGCUACAAAAGCUAAGGAAUCAAAGGAUGCUAUGGAUGUUGACAAAGAUAGCAGUGAUGAAGAUGAUAGCUCUGACGAAAGUGAAGAUGAACCUGCUGAUACAAAGAGUAAGGUGACUUCUAAAAAGCAAAGCAGCAGCAGUGAAGAAGACAAUGAAAGUUCUGACGAUGAGAGUGAAGAUGAAAAGCCUGUAAAGACACCUGCGAAAAAGGAUGUUGUGAUGGCUGAUGCUCCAAAGGAGCCCAAGACACCUGUUACUCCUAAUGAGUCUGCUGAAGCUUGUACGCUCUUUGUUGGCAAUUUAUCUUUUGAUAUUGAAAGAGCUGAUGUGGAAAAUUUCUUCAAGGAUUGUGGGGAGGUCACAGAUGUUCGUUUUGCUAUGGAUGCUGAGGGAAAUUUCAGGGGGUAUGGACAUAUUGAUUUUUCUACAUCUGAGGAAGCAAAGAAGGCUCUUGAGAUGAAGAAUGGGGAGUCUUUGAAUGGUAGAGGCGUUAGACUUGAUCUUGCUCGUCCAAGGGGCGAAAGGCAAACUCCAUAUAGCGGCAAAGAUAACAACAGCUCAUUCCAGAAGGGCGGAAGAGGUCAAGGCCAGAAGGUAUUUGUUCGGGGGUUCAAUACAUCACGUGAGGAGGAUGAGAUUAAGAAUUCUCUAUCUGAGCAUUUCAGCUCUUGUGGUGAAGUGACGUUUAUCAAGCUUCCAAAAGAUUAUGAAACUGGAGCCUUCAAAGGAAUGGCCUUUGUUGAGUUCUCUGAUACCGACUCUAUGAACAAAGCUUUGGAACUUGACGGGAGUGAUCUUGGAGGUGACUAUUUGACUGUGCAGGAGGCCAAACCUAAACCAGAUGGUGAUGGCUUCAGUGGUGGUGGUAGAGGCUAUGGAAGCGGAGGUGGUGGUAGGAGCUUUGGUGGUGGCCGAGGUGGAAGAGGAUUUGGUGGUGGACGAGGUGGUGGAAGGGACUUCGGUGGUAGGAGUGGUGGCAGAGAUUCCGGAGGACGUUUUGGUGGUAGACGUGGUGGUGGUAGAGGUGGUGACAGAGGACGUGGAAGGUCCAGUUUUACUCCUUCAGGUAAGAAAACUACCUUCAGGGAUGACGAUGAAUAGACCUGUCAAACGCGGAAGAGAAGGACUCUGCAAUGGGUUUCUUUUCUUUCCCGAGUCUCGAUAGGAAGAAGUAUCUUGAUUGCUCGUGGCAGAGUAUAAAUUUCUGUUUCUGUGUGAACAAAACACUUUCGUUUUAGUUUUGUUUUUGAAGUCUUGGUGGUCGUUAAUGUUACCGUAUCUCUAUAUUUGUCAUUCCAGCAAAUAUUUAUUAUAUGCCUCUUGAGAUGUUCUCUUUCAUUCUAUUGAGAGAAAUAUGGUUGUAUGACAAAAACUUCCAUUUUGUAAUGGCUAAUACAGUAGAAGAGUUUUCGUUGUCUCUUCUGAAUUUCACAUUGCUUAAUAUUGAUAGCUAUUCACAAUGAACUUUGCUUGAGGACCGCCCUGGACAUAUACGAAGCUGAGUUCCUGGCCAGGUUUGAGGACCUUAAUCCAUUCAGGCAACUCAUAGGUGUUCUUUUGUGGUAAUGGGGUGAGUCCCCAGAGGGAGCCUGAUAGGUUUUGUGCAACCAUCUUGAGGCCUGUGAUCGACUUCUGAGAUGUGUUCUUGAUAGUGACCUUGUGUCUGUAAUAUGUUGUGGAUCCUACAGUCCAUGUUUUAGUUAUGGAGUGCAGAAACUCCACUGGAACGUGUUCUUCCUCUGCUGCUGCUGUAACCUUCCUGGGUGGUUGUAGGUUCUUGUGAUAGGAUCCUGUUGGUGCUGUGUAGUGCGAAACUUGCGUGGUUUUUGGGUAGCGGCCUCCACUUCCUGAUGCACUCUGGAGCUUGGAGAAGAGACCAACAAGGGGAGCACUUGCACAAAGCGUCGGCUCAGUCUGCUCGUAGUUAGACCUUUGAUCGUUGAAGUUGUCAUUCUGAUCAGGUCCUCCCACCAGGGCCCCAUACACCACAUUGGGGUUCGCUUCUGGCCGACGGUACCAUGAGUCGAAGCCCUGAACACACUCGACAGUUGACCGGAGCAGGAAGAUGGAGGCAAUGGAAGCGCCUCUGUGGUGGACACGAAUUGGGUACUGUUGUCCAUAACCAACCACGUAGCUCAUGGAUUUUGGGUUCUUCCCCAACAUGUAAUCAGCCUGGGAUUUGGCGAAAUCGAGAAGCACCUGAGGUUGAACGACCUGGCCCUUGGGGCAGUUCAGCUUGGCGCCAUGGGAACUGAGGUACUGGGAGUAGACAGCAGUGAGGAACGCCGCAGCAGAGGCAUACUGCAGGUUGUUCCAUUCUCGUACGUACAUCAGGCCUCCUGGGGUUUUCUGGAUGUUGUAGCCAUCGUUCUUCUGAACACAGGAGCAGGCGAAGUAGUCUGCUUUUGCUUGGU